AUGCCGCAAACUCCUAUAAAAUUGUUGGGCAACUUAAUAGAAAUAAUACAUAAAAUAACACGGAAAUGGCGUAAAGAAAAACCGGAUAAGCCUACGCAAAACGAAACAUCAACAACCAAAAUUCAAACACCUGUACAUAAAUCUUCAAAAAAAUCUACAUUCAGAAGAUCGUCUAAAAAAAGUGCAAGAAGUUCGACUAAAACAACCUCACCGUUUUCCGUGAAAACAACUGAAACACUUACAUCAACUAAUACAGAAACAGAAAAAAAGGGAGUGCUGGAAUUUGAAGUUAAAGAAACAAAAAGCUUCACAAAGGCUGUACAGUUUACAAGAAGACCUUUUCUUUGGUCAAGUACACAUAGCAUAACCUUAUCUAUCAAAGAAAAAGAAACAACAACACCUUCAAGCACCACAUCACCACCGGAUAUUACAAUUGCAGUGACUUCGUUCUUGACUUCAGUAAUAUCACCAUCAACUAUUACAUCGGUAGAGGAAGAGAAAGAAACGGGUGCGCUGGACUUUGAAAUUGUUAUGGAAACAAAACGCCUAACAAGGAUGCUAAAUUUGACAACUCUAACUAAAAUUAUUCUAUUAUCUCCGAUCUCCGAAACAAAAACAUCACCCUGCACUACACCAUUACCUACGUUUCAUGUAACUACUACGAAACCUGCAACUGAGACUUUACUAAAAAUACUUAGUUCGUUUGUGUCAACUACUGUUGAAGAAGAAAGAACUUCACUUGUUACAACACCAUCACCGGACAUAUUACCCACAAUAACUACCUUCCUGACUGCCGUCACUUCAUCUUUCAUUACAUUUACUUCCGAAACCCAUCCUAAUAUAUCAGUAUCACAGUUUAAAAUCAACAUUAUUGUAACUACUAUAAAGUCCGCAACUGAAUCUAUGUCGACAGAACUUAGUGCAAUUGAAUCUACAUCACCACUAAAGAUCUCACCUACAAUAACUUCUUUUCUAACCUCCGUGACUUUAUCUUUAAUCACAUUCACUUCUGAAAGUCCUCCUAGUAUAUCGGUAUCACUGUUGGAAACUAGCAUUACUGUAACUACUAUGAAGCUCGUUACUGAAUCUGUACUCAAAACAGUUAGCGCAGAUCAAUUUCUUACCGUAGAAGAAACAAAAUCAUUGUUAAUUGUUACAUCACCACCACAUAUCUCACCUACAAUAACUUCUUUCCUAACAUCACAGUUGGAAACCAGCAUUAGUGUAACUACUAUGAAGUCCACAACUGAAUCUAUGUCGACACAACUUAGUGCAAUUGAAUUAUCUACAGUAGAAGAAACAAAAUCAUCGUUAAGUGCUACAUCAGCACUAAAUAUCUCACAUACACUAAUUUAUUUUCUAACUUCUGUCACUUCACCUUUAAUCACAUUCACUUCGGAAAGUCCUACUAGUAUAUCGGUAUCACAGUUGGAAGCUAACAUGACUGUAACUACUAUGAAGUCCGCAACUGAAUCUGUACUCAAACCAGUUAGCGCAGAUGAAGUUCUUACCGUAGAAGAAACAAUAUCAUCGUUAAGUGUUACAUCACCACCACAUAUCUCACCUACAAUAACUUCUUUCCUAACUUCACAAUUAGAAACCAGCAUUGUUGUAACUUCUAUGAAGUCCGUAAAUGAGUCCAUGUCGACACAACUUAGUGCAGUUGAAUCUUCAGUAGAAGAAACAAAAUCAUCGUCAGGUGUUACAUCAGCACUAAACGUCUCACCUACAAUAACUUCUUUUGUAACUUCUGUCACUUCACCUUUAAUCACAUUCACUUCGGAAAGUCCUCCUAAUAUAUCCAUAUCACAGUUGGAAACCAGCAUUAGUGUAACUACUGUAAAGUCCGCAACUGAAUCUAUGUCGACACAACUUAGUGCAAUUGCAUCUUCAGUAGAAGAAACAAAAUCAUCGUCAGGUGUUACAUCAGCACUAAACGUCUCACCUACAAUAACUUCUUUUCUAACUUCUGUCACUUCACCUUUAAUCACAUUCUCUUCGGAAAGUCCUACUAGUAUAUCGGUAUCACAGUUGGAAGCUAACAUGACUAUAACUACUAUGAAAUCCACAACUGAAUCUAUGUCGACACAACUUAGUGCAAUUGAAUCUACAGUAGAAGACAAAAAAUCAUCGUCAAGUGUUACAUCAGCACUAAAUAUCUCACCUACAAUAACUUCUUCUCUAACUUCUGUCACUUCACCUUUAAUCACAUUCACUUCGGAAAGUCCUCCUAAUAUAUCCAUAUCACAGUUGGAAACCAGCAUUAGUGUAACUACUGUAAAGUCCGCAACUGAAUCUAUGUCGACACAACUUAGUGCAAUUGAAUCUUCAGUAGAAGAAACAAAAUCAUCGUCAGGUGUUACAUCAGCACUAAACGUCUCACCUACAAUAACUUCUUUUCUAACUUCUGUCACUUCACCUUUAAUCACAUUCUCUUCGGAAAGUCCUACUAGUAUAUCGGUAUCACAGUUGGAAGCUAACAUGACUGUAACUACUAUGAAGUCCGCAACUGAAUCUGUACUCAAACCAGUUAGCGCAGAUGAAGUUCUUACCGUAGAAGAAACAAUAUCAUCGUUAAGUGUUACAUCACCACCACAUAUCUCACCUACAAUAACUUCUUUCCUAACUUCACAAUUAGAAACCAGCAUUGUUGUAACUUCUAUGAAGUCCGUAAAUGAGUCCAUGUCGACACAACUUAGUGCAGUUGAAUCUUCAGUAGAAGAAACAAAAUCAUCGUCAGGUGUUACAUCAGCACUAAACGUCUCACCUAUAAUAACUUCUUUUCUAACUUCUGUCACUUCACCUUUAAUCACAUUCUCUUCGGAAAGUCCUACUAGUAUAUCGGUAUCACAGUUGGAAGCUAACAUGACUAUAACUACUAUGAAAUCCACAACUGAAUCUAUGUCGACACAACUUAGUGCAAUUGAAUCUACAGUAGAAGACAAAAAAUCAUCGUCAAGUGUUACAUCAGCACUAAAUAUCUCACCUACAAUAACUUCUUCUCUAACCUCUGUCACUUCACAUUUAAUCACAUUCACUUCGGAAAGUCCUCCUAAUAUAUUAGUAUCACAGUUGGAAACCAGCAUUACUGUAACUACUGUGAAGUCCACAACUCAAUCUAUGUCGAGAGAACUUAGUGCAAUUGAAUCUACCGUAGAAGAAACAAAAUCAUCGUUAAGUCUUACAUCAGCACUAAAUAUCUCACCUACAAUAACUUUUUCUCUAACUUCUGUCACUUCAUCUUUAAUCACAUUCACUUCGGAAAGCCCUUCUAGUAUAUCGGUAUCACAGUUGGAAACCAGCAUUACUGUAACUACUGUGAAGUCCACAACUGAAUCUAUGUCUAUACAACUUAGUGCAAUUGAAUUAUCUACAGUAGAAGAAACAAAAUCAUCGUCAGGUGUUACAUCAGCACUAAACGUCUCACCUACAAUAACUUCUUUUCUAAGUUCUGUCACUUCACCUUUAAUCACAUUCACUUCGGAAAGUCCUCCUAAUAUAUCAGUAUCACAGUUGGAAACUAGCAUUACUGUAACUACUGUGAAGUCCGCAACUCAAUCUAUGUCGAGAGAACUUAGUGCAAUUGAAUCUACCGUAGAAGAAACAAAAUCAUCGUUAAGUCUUACAUCAGCACUAAAUAUCUCACCUACAAUAACUUUUUCUCUAACUUCUGUCACUUCAUCUUUAAUCACAUUCACUUCGGAAAGCCCUUCUAGUAUAUCGGUAUCACAGUUGGAAACCAGCAUUACUGUAACUACUGUGAAGUCCACAACUGAAUCUAUGUCGACACAACUUAGUGCAAUUGAAUUAUCUACAGUAGAAGAAACAAAAUCAUCGUCAGGUGUUACAUCAGCACUAAACGUCUCACCUACAAUAACUUCUUUUCUAACUUCUGUCACUUCACCUUUAAUCACAUUCUCUUCGGAAAGUCCUACUAGUAUAUCGGUAUCACAGUUGGAAGCUAACAUGACUAUAACUACUAUGAAAUCCACAACUGAAUCUAUGUCGACACAACUUAGUGCAAUUGAAUCUACAGUAGAAGACAAAAAAUCAUCGUCAAGUGUUACAUCAGCACUAAAUAUCUCACCUACAAUAACUUCUUCUCUAACCUCUGUCACUUCACAUUUAAUCACAUUCACUUCGGAAAGUCCUCCUAAUAUAUUAGUAUCACAGUUGGAAACUAGCAUUACUGUAACUACUGUGAAGUCCGCAACUCAAUCUAUGUCGAGAGAACUUAGUGCAAUUGAAUCUACCGUAGAAGAAACAAAAUCAUCGUUAAGUCUUACAUCAGCACUAAAUAUCUCACCUACAAUAACUUUUUCUCUAACUUCUGUCACUUCAUCUUUAAUCACAUUCACUUCGGAAAGCCCUUCUAGUAUAUCGGUAUCACAGUUGGAAACCAGCAUUACUGUAACUACUGUGAAGUCCACAACUGAAUCUAUGUCUAUACAACUUAGUGCAAUUGAAUUAUCUACAGUAGAAGACAAAAAAUCAUCGUCAAGUGUUACAUCAGCACUAAAUAUCUCACCUACAAUAACUUCUUCUCUAACCUCUGUCACUUCACCUUUAAUCACAUUCACUUCGGAAAGUCCUCCUAAUAUAUCAGUAUCACAGUUGGAAACCAGCAUUACUGUAACUACUGUGAAGUCCACAACUGAAUCUAUGUCUAUACAACUUAGUGCAAUUGAAUUAUCUACAGUAGAAGAAACAAAAUCAUCGUCAGGUGUUACAUCAGCACUAAACGUGCUCACCGACCAAAUAAACUCUUGUAUCCUAAGUUUCGGUUGGUCACUUCACCUUUAA